CACGAUGACGUCAGCAUCGAAAAGCUGAACUAAACAAGCCAUUAACACAUGCGUAAGGCUUGUAAACUCGAGCGACAUUGUCAAUAACACUUGAUAAAAGUGUCACUAAAGGUUUCUAUUCUGUUCUGUGGUCCUUCGGUCAUAUCCGUUCAAUUCUAUUCCUGUGACCAGCAGUCUCGGUUUUGGGUGCGUAGCGCGCUGUCGAGCGUUCGCCAAGCAUGUCAGUGAAGCCGAGCGAGGAGUCAAGUUCGGAAGCAGCGUGGUUCGGGGAGGAUUUCGAGAAGAUUGAGCGCUUUGGAAGGAACGCGGCCCAGCUCGACGACUUGCAUGGGCAACGAAAGAAAGACUGGGAGGACGAGAUAAGUGAGCAGUUCACGCACCACCCCGAGAGCAACCGGCAACCGCUCCCUGUUGUCAUGGAAACUGCAUCUACAGAUAAGAAGAAGUCCAUGGGCGACAUGGACGACCUCUACACCUCCCUGCUGUCCAAUCAGAGCUCGUCUUUCAAGCAGGACUCCUCCUCCUCCGACUACUUCUCGGGAAGCUCGGGGGGCAAGACUGGCACCGGCGGGGGUGGCACCAGUGGAGGGGGCGGUGGCGUUGGGGGUCUGAUGGACGACUUCAUGUCCGGCCUGGACUCGCACACCAUGUUCAGCUCGGACUCGGGCAUCGAGAUGACCCCCGGCGACCCCAGCGACUCCUCCAGCUCCUCCGGCCGCAAGCUGGCGCAAGACUCCGACCGCAUGGGCAUGGGCAUGGUCAUGGGUGGCAUGAGUGGCAUGGGUGGCAUCAGUAACAUCGGCGCCGGUGGCAUGGGCAGCAUGGCGUCAGACUACAACUACAUGGACAUCAGUCGCCCUCAGCAGCAGCAGCAGCAGCAACAGAAGCCACAGCAGCAGCACAGCCCUAUGGAUGAUGAUGAGGAGGAGGAGGAGGAGGAGGAAGAAGAGGAGGAGGACGACGAAGUGGAGAACUGGGGGAGCAUGCGCGGCAGCAAGCCCAGCGACCUGCUCUCCGGCCUGGGAGGGAUGGGCGGCAUGGCAGCCAGUAGCAUUAGCAGCAGCAUUAGCGGAGCUAACAACAACACUAGCACCACCAGCUACAUGGAGAAAGGAAGCUCCGGAGCAGCACCAGCACCAGGAAAGUGUGGGAGGAGGAGUGGGCGCGCAGGCCGGCAGUGUGCCCGGUAA